CCGCCGGUUGCCACACACACGGGAACGUCCGAAGGUCAGGUAAACCUGCCUGCCUGUGCCUUGGCCAGGCAGCUCUGCCCACAGGGAGGCAACCAAGAAUUUAAAGCGGCAACGAGAUCGUCGGCGGCGCCGGAGCCGGAUCCUGCUCCGCCUUGUUAUCUCCGCCCCGCAACCCCCACGCCCGAACCUGCAGCCGAGAUGCAUCUGAGCGAGAACGAGGGGAUCGAGGGCGUGCGGUUCGCGGUGACCGGCGGGCAGGGCUUCGUCGGCGCCGCCCUCUGCCUGGAGCUCAUCCGCCGCGGCGCCCUGGAGGUCCGCUCCCUCGACCUGCGCGCCUCCUCCUCCUGGUCCCAGCAGCUCCUCGACGCCGGCGUCCGCUUCUUCCAAGGGGAUGUUCGGAAGAAGGAGGAUGUGGAGAAGGUUUUCCGCAAUGUGGACUGUGUCUUCCACCUUGCUUCAUAUGGAAUGUCAGGGAAAGAAAUGGUUCAGGCAGGACGAACAGAUGAGGUCAAUAUAAACGGGACGUGCAAUGUACUGGAUGCUUGCCAUGAGCAUGGUGUUAGAAGGCUUGUGUAUGUAAGCACGUAUAAUGUGGUGUUUGGAGGAAAGCCAAUUGUCAAUGGCAGUGAGACGUUGCCUUAUUUUCCCAUCGAAGACCAUGUUGAUGCUUAUGGGCGUAGCAAAUCGAUCGCUGAACAGUUGGUGCUGAAGAGCAAUGGUCGGCAAGCUAAGAGUAAUAAAGGUACUCGUCUUUAUACAUGUGCAAUACGCCCGGCUGCUAUCUAUGGUCCAGGUGAAGAGCGUCAUCUUCCAAGAAUCCUGUCUCUUGGAAAAUUGGGAUUAGCAUCUUUCAGGAUUGGGGCUCCAAAUGUGAAGACAGAUUGGGUCUAUGCUGAUAAUCUUGUUCUUGCACUGAUAUUGGCAAGUAUGGGACUUUUAGAUGACAUUCCUGGCAGGAAGGGAACUCCUGUAGCAGCUGGUCAAGCAUACUUCAUAUGUGAUGGAUCGCCUGUUAAUACUUUUGAUUUUAUCAUCAGUCCCUUAUUUCGAAGUUUGGGCUAUCCGGUUCCUCGAGUUACACUAGAUACCUCUGUUGCCCUCGCAAUUUCAAGAAUCUUUUUGUUCAUGUCCACACUAUUCUAUCCGUGGUUAGAUAGUAAAUGGAUUCCUCAGCCUCUUCUUCUUCCUGCUGAAGUAUACAAGGUGGGUGUUACACAUUACUUUUCAUAUCUGAAAGCUAAGGAGGAGCUUGGCUAUGUGCCUGUGACGAGUCCACAGGAAGGCCUGGCCGCAACCAUCUCCUAUUGGCAAGAGCGGAAGAGGAGAGAGCUCGAUGGCCCGACGAUAUUCACCUGGGUUGCAGUAAUAGCCGGGAUGCUGGCUGUGUUCUCCGCCGCUUUCCUUCCACCCGUCGGUCCGCUCAAAUGGGUGCUCGCCAUUGAUCUGUUCGUUUUCCGCUCGGUGCUGGUAACCCGGAUAGUCUUUGUGGCCGCGGUCGCGGCGCACGCGGGCGAAGCCGUCUACGCCUGGUUCCUGGCGAAGAAGGUCGACCCGAGGAACGCUACGGGGUGGUUCUGGCAGACCUUUGUCCUGGGGUUCUUUUCCCUCCGGUUUCUGCUCAAGAGAGCAAGAGCGAGGGCGUGAUUUGUGUGUUGUACAACCUACUAUCUGGGAGUUCAUAACAAUGGAUUCCAGUAGAAAUUCCCCAGCGGUUGUAACCCCGGUGCUGCUGCUGCUGUAAAAUGUGCACCCUGAGGUUUGUGUAAUGUAGUGUAUCAGGCAUGCAUGUCCGUCGCCUUGCCAUGCUUUACACGAGCUUGGCAUUGAACCGAAGGUUGCGUCACAUGGACACAUGGUCGGUCGGGUCGUGCCUGUGAGGCUGUGACCCUCAAGUAUCAAGUGUCAUUUGUUUUGAGUGGUUGUAACAAUCACUGUCGGUCUGUCAGGCCAAAUGUGACCGUUCAACCGACACAAAUUCUAAAGCUUUCAUCGAUGUAGCACUACACACUGAACUGUAUAAUAUCUGUGGGCUUGACGCA